AUGGCUACAUGGUCGCGCCUCAUCCGUUUCGUCGACGACACGAGUCGAGAGACCUUUGGAGAGCCCAUUAUCACGGACGGUCAGGAGUUCGCUGACUGGCUCGCCGGCGAUGAACGUUGGGCGGUCGAGCUCAAGGGCCUCUCACCCAUCGGCCCGCUCAUCAGGGGUGAACGAAUUCGAGUGAAGGAGCUGCGAGACCUGUUACACCCAUCCGACGUGCCCAUCAUUCGCUGCAUCGGGUUGAACUACAUGAAGCACAUCCGGGAGGCUGGCCGCAAGCCGCCGCCGUAUCCUUCCGUCUUCAUCAAGCCGAGCACCUCGGUCGCUGGGUUCAACGAAGACGUGCCCAUUCCCAAGAUUGCCCAAGAUGGCACUGUCGACUAUGAAGGCGAACUUGCCAUUGUGAUCGGCAAGACCGGUAGAGACAUCCCGAAAGAAUCAGCACUUGACCACAUCGCGGGAUACUGCGUUUCCAACGACGUAUCCGCUCGCGCCUGGCAGCGCGACCCUGACAAAGCGGGCGUUGUCCCGCAAUGGUGCUUCAGCAAAGGCUUCGACAAGUUUGCGCCGCUGGGACCAGUGCUUGUGUCGCCUGCCCUCGUCGGCAACGCGUCGGAUCUGCAUCUGCGAACCUUUGUAAACGGCGAAGAGCGUCAGAGAACAAGCACGAGCGAUCUCAUAUUCGGCGUCGAGGACAUUAUCACCUUCUGCAGCCAAGGGACCACACUGGAGGCGGGCACCAUCAUCAUGACCGGCACGCCAUCUGGCGUAGCAAUGGGUAUGAAGCCACCCAAGUACUUGACCGAUGGCGACGUGGUCGAAGUCACUAUCACUGGUUUAGGGAGUGUGAGAAACAGGAUGGUGUUUGAGUAG